CGUCGUCCGCGAAUGGAUGAAAUGACGAAUUCAACAAGCAGUCUAUGUUGGCAGGCUACUCAAAAUUUCUCUAUGAUUUUGAUGUUGUGUAAAUGACAAAAAUAUAUUUUUCACAAUUAUUUACAAUAACGUAGCUUUAAAUAUAGGAUAAGUUCAAGAGAAUAACCAGAACCAUGGCCCCGCAAAAAGGAAAAGCUCCCACGAAAGGAGCUAAGCAGAUCUUGUUGGAGAACUCAGUGACACUUAAUUUUUAUCGCAACAUGUCACUGGUAGCAAUUGCAGCUUAUGGAGUAGUCACUACCUGCCUGUAUUUAGAAGAUUUGACUACUGGAGUUAUUGUCAUGAAUGUACUGGUAUUGUUAAUUUAUGGUGGUUGUUAUCAAAUGAUGAAAUAUAUUAGCCGGCCAACAUACACUGGCAACAAUGGACAGCUCCUGGAUCCAGGUUUGGACUUGAACAUGGAAGGUGGGAUGGGCGAGCAUGUUAAAGACAUAGUGAUACUCACAUCAUUGACUCAUGUUCUCACCAUUUUGUCCAACUACUUCUGGUUCUUGCUGUUGCUCGUACCACUAAGAGCCUUCUGGCUGCUGUGGAAGAAUGUGCUUGGACCAUGGUUCUUCCAAGAAGCACCUGAGGACACUGAACAAGAUGAGAAGAAAAAGAAGAAGAUGGAAAGGAAAAUGAAAAGGUAUCAGCAGUAGCACCGCCUAAACACUUCUGCACAUGAUGUCACUGCCGCUCAGCUACCUCGUCCCUUGUUCAGUAAGGCCUUAAAGAUAAUAAGACUUAAGGAUCAACUUUUCUCCAUAAUGUCAGUAAAUUUUGCCAGUAAUGAUUCAACUGCUAUUAGCACCUACCUACUUAAAAAUAAUUAUGAAUAAAAUGGAGAAAAGGGGUGGUAUUUCGAAGUCGUAAUCCUAAUUUCCAAAGAAAGCAUUUUACACAAACUAUUGACUUGAUCAGGCUCUGUUGUUCAAUGUACGAUAUCAAAAGUCAUUACUGGAAACAAAAUAAUAUAUUUAUGUACUAAAUUGAUCCUUAAGUCUAUAUGCGGGGUCAUUGCGGUGUCGUGGCGUCGUCGUGUGGAGCCUCUUUAAUACUAUGUAUUAAGAAACCGUAUAUAUGCCGAGUUAUUUAACAGAUCACAUUGUUAAUUAGUGUAGAAUUGUUUAUAGCUGAUUAUAGCUUACCGUUAUUUAUAUAUUCAGUUAUAUAAUAUUCAAACACAAGUUAUUACAUAGAUAUAUUGCUAUACAUAUAUAACUUCUAUAAAGGGAUAUGUAUUUAAUAGAGCAAAUAUUUAUAUUUUUGCUAUAUAGAACAAUACCAAUACAGUGCAAUAUAUAUUUAGUGACUAUUUGUGCAUACACCACUUUAUACCAGUGUUGUUCACAAGUUAUCACAUAACAUGAAUUGAAGGUAAAUAAUAUCGACUGUCUUUUUAAUGUCUUUAAAUAAUUAUACAUAUUGUUGAUCUAAUUAACUGCCCCAUUAUUUACUGACGGUAACUGCCAUGUACUAGCCUACGAUACUAUUUAAUAUAUUGUUAAUUGUAAUACAGAUAGCAAUUUUUGUACUUUUGCAGAUAUUUAUAUUGGACAUGCACAGCUAGAAUAUUAUUUAUAUAUACAUAUACAUUUUUAAAUGAUACACAGUUUUCUGUGAUGCAUUAAAUACUUAUUAUUCAAAUCAAUAUACUAAAGGAAAGAUAUAAGCAAUAGCUAAAUGUACUAUACAUAUAUUACUAUGUGUUCUAUAGUUAAAUAGUCGAAAGUUAGUAUACCUAGCCAUCUUCUGUUGUGUGUGAAAGUUUCUGUAUAACCAAGUUAAGUUUUUACACCAUACAUUAACUUCUGAAAUCUAAAAUAAAAAAUGUCUUAUUAAAUAAACUCCUGGUGUCGGCAUUGGGUUAUGUACUUGUUAUUAUUGCUCAGACUCGCAAUAUCAAUUACACUGUUAUAGUUCAAUUCAUGUACUUCUCAAUCUAGUUAAAUGUUUAAUAUUAAUAUUUUGCAAACUUAUGAAGGCAGAGUAUAUUAAAAUAAUAGUCAAUUGUUCACAUUUAAAUUCUGGUAGCAGAAUUCUUAUCAGAUAAUUAAAUAAGAUAACUCUAGUGAAAUAGAUUGUGUUUUAAGUAAUUGUUUUGGUGCCUUUAAUCGGUUUAUGAAAUAAGAUCUAUUUUGAUAAUACGUUACAAUAGGUACAAUAACCAUUAAAGUAUAGAAUUUGUAUACCUUUGUUUAUGAUAGAGAUGGUGACUAAAGUAUUGACUAUCCAUCAGAUUGAGUAUAAAAAUCUUAGACACGUAUUUCUUCACAUUACCAAGACAUGUUGGCGAUACAUUGAAUCGAAAUAUUAUCAUACUACGUUACGCCUCAGUACACUGGGUACUUGGCUAUGGCGUAGUAUGCACUGCCACUCCCUAACCUUAAUGCGCUUUAUCUAAUUAAGUAGUUAAUAAACAAAUUAAGUCAACCGAAAGAUACAAGUCUAACGCUAAGCGUAUCUGACCGUCUGAUGGACUACUUAAAUAGCAAAAUGAAUAUGUUCAUAUCAUGCCGUGGUCAUCGUCUCUAUACUGUGUGUUAGUUAUACAAUGUGAUAGGGGUGAGACUUCUAGCCCGUUAAGGCUGAGUACUACAUCUAAUUUUAUUGACAAAAAAAAUAAUAUGGGGGGUUGAACCUCCCCCUAAAAAUUAUGGCUAUUUUAAUCUUUUUUUUUUUACUUUAUGUGAUAUCAAAGGUUGUAUGCGUCGUAGAAACAAAAAAAAACGACAAACAGUAGCUAAUAACCUUGGCUAACUAAUUCAUUACUUUUUUCAUAUGUUUGAUAAUGUUUUGGUGAGAAAAAAAAACAUUUCUGAAUUAUUUUUACCGAAAAAAUCGCUAUCUUUCAAUAUUUUCAAUUGGGGGUUCAACGCCCCAUAUUAUUUUUUUUGUCAAUAAAAUUAGAUGUAGUACUCAGCCUUAACGUGUUAGAAGUCUCACCCCUAUCACAUUGUAUACUUCUAUAAAGCAAUACGUCAAAUAUUGAACCUUGAGUAACAGAGUUAAAUAAUACACAUGCAUGGUACUUACUAAAUUAAAGAUAUUAAUAUAAGACUUAUCAUCGUAUGCCUACGUACCUAUGUUACAGUAAAUAGAAUUAUUAUUAAUUUCCUGUUAAUUGUCAUAUUGAUGUGUAGAACUGCUAGAGAAAGUAACGUUAUUUAUUUUGUACAGUCGACAGUGUUUGUGGUUGGCCAUCUUCUAACGGGAUAUAUAGCUAUUUUUAUACCAGACAAUAAAUAUAUACUUACGUUAUAGUAAUACUUAUCUAACUGUAGUUAAAGUAAAUACUGUCAAAUCUUUACCUGUCUCGGCACAUAUGUUAUUGCAAAAGACAGAAUGGAUAUGGUAAGUGGUCAAACGCGCAUUGUCGAUGUACGUAAUGAUUUGUCGUAGUCGGAUUUAGUAAACAAUGAAGAUACAAAUUAAUUACGCUUUAUCAUCAGAACUAUGUGCUAAGUCUCCUUGGUAGGCGGGCUUCAGCGAUGUUGCUAGAUACUUUAAUAUGUAGAUUAGCAAAUGUAGACGAGUAAAGUGUUAGUCUAUUGAUAAUUCCGGUACAAAUAUCUCCCCGAAUCCAAAGUUCUAAUAUUACUGCCUAAAUUGUCUAUGUAGAUUUAUUUUUGUAUCUAAUAAUUAUUAAUGAAGAAGUAUAAAAAAUAUUUAACAAAAGUAAUGUACAAACUUGAUUGGCUACUUUGGACAUGAAUCAAGUCCGGGGAUAUACAUUGGAACAUAUUUGUUUUUCUAUUUCACUAGCGAUGUGCUAAGUUGAUGAGAGUAUUAAUGUUAUGAAGUUGAAACAUGGAUAAAAAACUCAGAAUCAAUUACGAAUAAAGGGUGAAUGAGAUUGACAUAAUAAUAUGCCAAGUUUUCUUUUAUAAUCCAAACGCUAGUGCGUAGUGACAUGAUCAGAUUUUCAAGUCCACGCAAAUAAUUAUUUCUGACGGCAAUUCCCCGGACUCUACACUCGAUCCACUACAGGUGCCUUAGAGAAUUACAGAAAUCUUCCAAACAGAAAAGAAAUAGAGUAAUUAGUAGAAACAUACGCUGAGGGACAUCAAUGCUUAAAAAACAAAAUAAAUCAAUGAAUUCUAUUGUAAUUAGGUACCUAGAGAAUAUAAUCUGCCUUUUACUCUUUUUAAACUCCCACUUUUGGCCUACUUCUAGCCUCUAUUUUUCACCUUUCCUAGUUAUAAGUACUUACCUGUAUUUCCCAAAGGAAGGAUACGGUGAUUGAUUGAACAUGUAAACGAUUUAAUUAAUCGAUUUUGCUCGAAAAUAUUGCGCAACAAAUCGAUUUUAAAAACAACAUAUUUAUUUUUAUAGAAUUUUUUGUGUGUUACCAAGAAAAGUACGUAUCAUGUCGGCAACGUGACGUUGUUAUUAAUAUUGUCUACAAUUAUACCUUCGCAAAAACAUUUUUUUUUUUUGAAGAUGUAGUUAAUAUUGUUUUUUUUCUAUAAAAUCAUGUGUUUAUUUAAAAAAUGUUUUAAACGUUAAAUCGAUUGAUUAUUCGGAUGUUAUUGUGGUAAUGUCUAUCAAAAUACAUGAUUUCAUCAACUAUACUAUCGUUUCAAAGUUCUCUGGAACUCCAUAAUUAUGUGAGAACAACAAUGACUGUGUCUCUCUAAUAUACUUUCUCAUUUGGAGUUUGGACUAAAUUCUUUAGCAAUAAUACAUAACUGUUAUUAGUUUACUAGGGAUUGUUAUUGACAUAGUUUCAUUACAAUCCGUUCAAGAGCUUCCAUGAUUCCUGACUGUAUUUGUACGAAAAAAGUCUUUUGAUAUGCAAAAUAUGUCAAGAUAUUCACCAAAGCCUGCUGCAAAAAUGUUCAAAUAUGCUAUUUCUUAAGAAAAAUCAGAACUGCAUUUUAGUAUUUCAUUGUACGACUGUACGAUAUUGGUAGGUGGCAUCUUCCAUCAACAUUAAAUUAAUGUUGUACUCCAACACGUUAACCUACCCCUAUUUUUUUUUUACGGUUUUACGUCUAAAGGAAUAAAGUUGAAUAUGAAAUGAGAGGAAAGUUGACAGAAAAUAGUAAGUUGAUCUGCUGGGAACUGUACAUUAUUGUCUACUGGAUUGCUAGGGACGGAGAAUAUAGAUUUCUUUAACUACCUCUUGUCCAAAAUCUAAAUGGAAAGUCCAUUGAGAUUCAUUGAGAGCCAUGCCAUGCUGUGUAGUGACGGCUAAGCAUCCAAUUUAUGGCAUCGAGUGUCACCGUACCCUUCCUAAGAGAAACUAUCUUAACUUGAAACAAAUUUUCAAAUAAGUUUCUUCCUCUAAUUACCUUUCAUAUACUUACUGAUAAGAAGAAUCUAACAUAGGACAAAUUUAUGAAAGUUGCCUUAGAGUUUUUUACUUAUAAAAUAUACUUACGCGCAAUAAUAGAAAGAAGUUAUAAAUAAAGCAAUCUAAAUUAUGUAUAACCAUUGUUAAUUUAAUCGGUUUUGUUAAUUAUUGUCAUAAACUACGGUUUUAAUUAAAUUUAAUAAAUUAUCAA